GCCGUUGAACUGUCAGUGCAUAAUUUUGUUACCUACGUUCAUUUUAUUAGAAUGUGUGAUAUCUUAGUGCAUUUUGCUUUUAUUUAAUUUAUUCAAUUGCUAAUUGAAUUAGUGUAGAUAUGGAGAUGAAGGAUCUUAGCCACAAUUAUUCUUCAUUUUUACUGCUGAUUCGUAAAUCGUAAGCAGUGUCCAAGAAGGGGCUAAAGGAGCUUUUCAUUAUGAUGACGUCAGAGGAAUCAGAUCCUCUAAGUACUGCACCCUCAGACGGCCAUGCUGAAGAAAUGUCAGCCUCUGGGACAGAGGAAGCGCCUUCAUCGAUGGUGUCAAGCGAGGCGGAGUCGGAGGGCAGCAUACUGUCGGAGCCGGCGCGGGCGGAGCACGCCGAGCACGCGAUGAGCCGCAGCUGCGACGGCGUGCUGCCCGAGCACCAGGCGACGGCCGACAAGCCGCCGGCGCCCGUGCCUAGCGACUGGCGCAGUGUCGGCAAUACGGUUUCCUCAUUAGUCUCCACCAGAGGCAAGUCACUCAGAUCUAUUAACAUACUGUACCUAUGA